GCGAUGCCCCUCCCUCCACACUGCCUUGUUUGAUCUUCCCUCUUACCAAACUUUGAUUUCAAGAGUCUUCACUGCUCUCCUCACCAACUUUUUUCUCCAAAAUGCCAGCUGAGGCCCCCACCCUCCCCGGCCACGGCCAGACCGUGUGUGUCACCGGCGCCGGAGGCUUCAUCGCCUCCUGGCUCGUCAAGCUCCUCCUCGAGAGGGGCUACACCGUCCGGGGGACCGUCCGCGAUCCCGAGGACCCCAAGAAUGCGCACUUGAAAGCGCUUGAAGGAGCUGCAGAGCGAUUGGUUCUCCUGAAGGCCGAGUUGCUCGAUAUCGAUAGCCUCCGUGCUGCGAUCGGUGGCUGCGACGGCGUGUUCCAUACUGCAUGUCCAGUUACCGACGAUGAGACCAUGAUAGUGCCUUCAGUGAACGGGACCAGGAAUGUGAUCAAUGUUUCAGCCAGUUCAGCCGUCCGGCGGGUCGUGUUCACCUCCUCGAUCGGCGCCGUCUACAUGAACCCUAACCAUAGCCCGGACGUGGAUGUUGAUGAGUCGUGCUGGAGCGAUCUUGAGUACUGCAAGAGCACCAAGAAUUGGUAUUGUUAUGGAAAGGCGGUGGCCGAGCAGGAUGCAUGGGAGGUAGCGAGGGAAAGGGGAGUGGACUUGGUGGUGGUGAACCCAGUGCUGGUGCUAGGGCCACUCCUCCAGCCAAACAUAAACGCUAGCGUAGCACACAUCACCAAGUAUCUAACUGGGUCAGCAAAGACGUACAUAAACGCUGCACAAGCGUAUGUUCAUGUGAGGGACGUGGCAGAGGCUCACAUAAAAGUUUACGAAUCUCCAGAUGCAAAGGGACGAUAUAUUUGUGCAGAAAGCACACUGCACCGUGGGGAGGUGGUUCGCAUCCUUGCCAAGCUCUUCCCGGAGUACCCUAUCACCAACAAGUGCAAAGAUGAGAUAAAUCCACCGAAGAAAGGAUACAAGUUCAGCAACCAACGGCUCAAAGAGAUGGGAAUUGAGUUCACGCCUGUGAACCAAUGCCUCUAUGAGACCGUCAAGAGCCUCCAAGAGAAAGGCCUUCUCCCCGUCAUCUCUCAAGACGCCAACUUUACAGCAGAGCACUAAACUACUUCCUCUCUGCUCCAUGCUGGCUAGUACGUAGUUAAUGGCUAUAUAUGUUAAAGCAUCCAUCCUAACUUGUAAUAUUAAUGAGUUGUUAUCAUACUCGGAGUUGUUAUCAGACUCAAAGCCUACUAUUGUUAGAUCAAGAUAUACACCUUGUAUAUACUUUUGUAUUCGAGUAAAUUUUACAUCAAUAAAAAAUACAGAGAUUUUCUCCUUC